AUGCCUAUGGUACGAACUUCCUUCAAAGGUUGGUGUAGAAGUUCCAGUCGAUUCUUGCACGUAUCUCGGCUUCUGCGGGAUUCCCAGUCAGAUUAUAAGAUGACCGACCAUAAGUUUGAUGCCAUUGUGCUUGGAGCUGGAGGCGCCGGGAUGCGUGCAGGAUUUGAACUGGCUCGAAAAGGCUUCAAGACGGCUAUGCUGUCCAAGCUGUUUCCCACACGAUCACACACGGUGGCUGCACAGGGUGGGGUGAAUGCUGCUUUGGGCAACCUGGACAAGGACGAUUGGAAGUUUCAUUUCUAUGACACGGUGAAGGGCAGUGACUGGCUGGGCGAUCAGAAUGCCAUCCACUACAUGUGUCGCGAGGCGGAAGUUGCCAUCUACGAGCUCGAUCAGUACGGUAUGCCCUUCUCGCGAACCAAAGAUGGCAAGAUCUACCAGCGCCCGUUCGGUGGACAGACCUUGGACUACGGCAAGGGAGGAGUUGCUAAACGCUCCUGUGCUGUGGCAGAUCGCACCGGACACGCCCUCAUACAUACACUCUAUGGACAGACACUUAAGUAUGCCGAUCUUUGCAAUUACUUCGUGGACUACUUCGUACUCGAUCUGAUCAUGAUGGAUUCUCGCUGCGUUGGUUGCCUUGCCUGGAAUCUGGACGAUGGCACCUUUCAUCGAUUCAUUGCCAAGAACACGGUGGUUGCGGCAGGAGGCUGUGGGCGUGUCUACUUCUCGACCACCGCCGGCCAUACCUGCACUGGAGAUGGCAACGCUUGGGUAUCGCGGGCCAAGUUGCCCUUAAUGGACAUGGAAUUCGUGCAGUUCCAUCCCACCGGAAUAUACGGUGCCGGAUGCCUGAUCACUGAAGGCGUGCGUGGCGAGGGCGGUUUCUUUGUAAACUGUAAGGGCGAACGCUUUAUGGAACGGCAUGCACCCGAGGCCAAGGACUUAGCCUCGCGGGAUGUUGUGGCCCGUGCCAUGACAUUGGAGGUGCUCGAGGGAAAUGGAUGUGGGCCGCUUAAGGAUCAUGUCCACUUGCAGCUGCAUCAUAUCGAUCCUCAGAUACUUCGCGAACGCCUUCCCGGCAUUAUGCAGACUGCCAAGAUAUUUGCCAAAGUGGAUGUCACCAAGGAACCUGUCCCAGUGCUGCCCACGGUCCACUACAACAUGGGAGGCGUGGCCACUGACUACAUGGGUCGAGUGGUCAAUGUAGACGAUGAGGCUGAAGUUCAUAUUGUCGAGGGUCUCUACUCCUGCGGCGAGACAUCGUGUGCUUCUGUUCAUGGCGCCAAUCGCUUGGGCGCAAACUCUCUGCUGGAUUUGAUCAUCUUUGGUCGAUCUUGUGCUUUGGAUAUUGCGGACAACAGCUGUCCGGGCGACACUCCUCCUGAUGUGUGUGACAAUGCCACUGAUGAGUCCAUAGAAAACUUCAAAAGGUUGCGUAAUGCCGACGGGAAAAUUCCAACUGCCUGUAUCCGAGAUGAACUACAACGCACCAUGACCAAACAUGCGGCGGUCUUCCGUGAGGGCAAGCUACUCCAGGAGGGUCUGCAAAAGGUCACUGAACUCUACGAACAGUUUAAGGAUGUCAAGGUACAUGACAGAACUCUAGUGUGGAAUACGGAUCUUGUCGAGACACUGGAACUUCAGAAUAUGUUGAUCAAUGCUAUCCACAUCAUUACCGCCAUGGAGAACCGGAAGGAGUCACGUGGGUCUCAUGCUCGAGAAGACUUCAAAGAACGCGUUGAUGAAUUCGAUUAUAGUAUUCCUCUUGAAGGGCAAACCAAGAAGGAUUUUUCAGAGCAUUGGCGUAAACACACGAUGACCAUUAUGGAGGGCGACGAAGGCUGUGCCACCGUCAAAUAUCGCCCAGUCAUUGACGAAACAUUGGAUGACACCGUUAAAUCAAUUCCCCCUGCUCCGCGUACUUACUAAGUAAAACGAAUAAGCGAAGAAGAAUUUCAACAUAUGAGUUAUUUACAUCUUGUAGUCAUUUGUAUUUUAGGGUAUUUUAUCAAAAUCACUGAUGAUACCUGAGAAUAUCAAUUUAUGAAGGAGAACUCCUGCUUACACAGACAAAUACAAGCAAGCAAAUGAGUGAAUGCCUUUACGGAAAAAUGAAUAAAAUAGCUCAUCCGUCUCUAAAGUGGAGAUAUAUGACAUCUUAAUAAUCCACUGCAUUAAUUGGAAAUUAGUUGAAUUAUUGUAAAUAAAUUAUCCAAACUUAUAUUAACUACACA